AUGACCCAGCCCCAGGAAGCCCCAGGCUUCUCACUCACGUUCACAGAGCUGGUCAACAUCGCCAUCCCACAGUGCGGAGUGGUGAACUUCAAGGCCCUGCAACUCCUGCUCCAUGGCAUACUGGAGCACAUCGAAAUGGGCAAGCUCAAGAAGGUCCUCUCGGGGGAUGAGGACUUCCUCCAGACCUCUCAGGGCAUAGUCAUGCCCAGGGAAGGAGACGCCCAGCCCAUACUCAGCCCCAUGAAAAAGGUCAGCAAUGUCUUCGACCACUUGGUAAGCCGUGUGGACAAGAUGGAGUCCCAGCUGGCUGCACUGCGGGACCUGCCCUCUACCACCCAGCUGCUAGAGGCCAGCCAGGGGAGCAAGCGACCUGCAGUAGACCUGUGGCAUCUCAUUAAGCUCCGGAAGAUGGUGGAGGGUAAUGAGGAAGCCAUCAUAAAGUCAAUGCAAACCCUUCAGGAUUUGCUCACUGAUCUUCACAUACUCAAGGAAACCACCAAAACCCUCAGGGAGGAUGUGGACAUGCUGAAGGACAUGUUAAAAAAGGUGCAACCAGAAAAAUUGGAUAUCAUCAACGAUGAAUUGAGAAUGCAGAACAGGAAGAUAAGCUCAGCACAGCGAGACAUGAAUUCCCUCCAGAAAAAGUUUCGAACCAUCCCCAAACCUGACGACAUGGUGCUGUGGAGUGGCCUUCAUGAGGCCAUGUUCACCUCACCCUCUCAGCCCUUUCCUCUCCAGGAAACUGAUGCACCCCAGCUGGAACCAGAUGCUGCCCUGGAACAGACUCUUGAGUACCUCUACGCUGCUCAACCUGUCCAGGUCUCAGAGCCCAUCCAAACCCCCCACCUCCUGCAGACCAUCUGGGAUUAUGAAGUCCCAGAGGAGGUGUCUGCCCAGGAAGUUUCACUCAGCAGUGCCCAGGAGCCAGGCCAGCCUCUGGCCCUCAAGCCUGGGACCACGCCCCAGCGUGGGGCUGCACCUGGGCCCACGCCACAGCUUGGGCCUGUACCUGAGCCCCCACCUGAGCUCACACCUGGGCCCACCCCUGGGCCUGCACCUCCACUGGAGCCUGAGCUCAUGCCUGCACUGAGGCCUGUGCCGGGGCCAGGUAUAACACCUGGGCUCAUGCAGGUACCUUGGCCUGCCCCAGGUGCCCAGCCCCCACCAUCGCGAAUGUGGCCUAUGCCACCAGGUCUCAGAGAGGGACACAGGGCUGGCUCAUGGCCUUUCUGGGACUCAACCCUCCUGCAGUCCACUCAGCCCCUGCCCCUUCGGAGUCCACCACCAGCCACAGAAUUAGGCUCAGCAUGGCCUCGUCCGCUACAGCCAUACCAGUCUCACCGGCCAGCAGCCCACUUGCUCUCAGUUGUCAAAGAAAAGGGGGAAGAAACCGAGGAUGGGGUCCCCCAGGAUGGGGUCUCCCGGGAUAGAGCCCAAAAGGUUAGGACACUCAAGGACAGAGCCUUCAAAGACAGAGCCUCAAAGGAUGGGGCCCCCAAGGAAGCACAGCCAAAGGAUCCCCGGUCUACCCUUCAGCGGAUAAGAACCGCUGCCACCAUCGCUGCAGCUGCCGCUGCCGCCUACGCAGCAGCUGCAAACUCAGCAGCCCAAGCAGCCAAGGCUGCUGCCCACCAGGUCAAGGAUGCCCCUGCCACCCAAAUGGCUACCAAAGCAACAACUUUGGCUGCAUCUGGAGCCUUAGGGGCCUUUGCAGAUUUUUUGGGCGCAGGAGCUUCCCGUGGGGCCACAGACUUCAUGCCCAUCACUGAUGAUACCAUCACUCCUGACACAGCCCUGCCCCAGGCCAUGCUAGAUGCUAAGCAGGCCACGAGCCCUGAAGACAAGAAGAAGGCUGUCAAGCAUUCCCUGAGCUACUUACCCCAGAUUCAAACAAGACAUGAUUCCCUGAAAGCGGAGUUUGAUCAGCUGUCAUCUGCCUUGAAUGAGCGCUUGACUUAUCUAGCGAAUAUGGCAAGCCCCUGCGGCCUUGGGGCCACACUGGAAGCAUUACAGGAGAAGAUCAGCAACCUCCAAAAGUCCAGGCUAAAGGGGGAAGAGCUUGAGAAAGUUUGGAGCCACCAAGUAGAGAUAAUGAAGGAUCACUACCUCGUGUUGGAGAAGGCAAUGGAAAGGCUCCAGGCGCGCGUGGACGAGUUCAAGAUUCUCCAGACUCUAAUCAGAGGACUAGAAGUGAGCAAGGCGAAUAAAGACGCAAUGGAGAAGGAGCUGAGUGAGAAAGCUGAUAGGAGUGCCCUGGCAUGCAAGGCUAACCGGGUAGAUCUGGAGACUGUGGCAACAGAGCUGAACGAGAUGGUUCAGAGCAUGCUCUUCAAGAUCACCACCCAGAAGUCUGACUGGAAGAAGUCUAUAGAGCAGCUCAGGAAUGACGUGAGCACCAAGCUAGUCCGCAGUGACCUGGACCCUCUAAAGAAAGAAAUCCAAGAGGUCUGGAAAAUAGUCCGGAGGCUGCUGACCGAAGGCCUCCGAUACGACCCGGACAGCGCUGCCGCCUUCCGGAAGAAGCUGUUCGAGCGGGUGAAAUGCAUUUCCUGCGACCGGCGGGUGGAGAUGAUGACCGGCCCACAGCUGGUCACUAUCCGCAAAGCCCAUCUUCAGUCGCAGCUGCGCCCGGCCAGCGCCAACACCUAUGAGUACCUGCGACGGCAACAGAUAAGGGAACAGCAGCAGCUGCACCUCCAGGACCUGGACUCCCUGGGCUCCCAUCAGGACUGGGGCGAUGGCCCCCGAAACGAUGCCAACCUGAAGCACAAGUCAUGCAAUCUGUCAACACUCUACCCCUAUGGAGACCCUGAACUGAUGGAUUAUGACACUGCUGAGGUGGACAUCCUAGGAGUGGAUGGGAUCCUGUACAAAGGCCGAAUGAACACUCAGCGUGGGGCUCGACCCUUAGCCACCGUGGACAAGGAGCAGGCAGCUGUGAAGUUUCCAUGUCCUCAAUCUCAAAGCCUGUAUGACCAUGGGCAUUAUAGUGACUUGUUUGGUGCCAUCUACUCCUGCCUGAGCCCUCGCACCAGGGAUGGCUACUCAAACCUCCCAGGCCCUCAGCUGAUGAUGCCAGCUUGGCCGCCUUCCCUGCCACCACUGCCACCGAUGGUCCCACACUCAAGGGACCCCCAGCAAGCCACAGGGCCCGGCAGGCCCUCAAGACCUCAGCGCUUCCAAUCCCGAGCCAGCACGCAGCCCCCCAAGGAGCCCUCCAACCUUUGAGCCCACCACCUUAUGUACCCACUGCCAGGUCCCCUCCACACUUCCAGCUGAGACCUUGGUACCUGUUCCUGACCCAGGACAGGGCAGAGGGACCCUGAAUGUAGGGGAGGGGUCUGUUGAGGGACACCCCAUGUUGACUCAGUGGCUGUUUUAACUCCGUGCAUAUAAAUACAAACAACACAGACCACGUAUUCUGCAUUUUCAUGGAGAAUGCAGAUUUCUAGAGUGAAUUUUCCAUCAAGCCAAUUUGAUUCCUUGACCAAUUUUCAAUACAACACAAAGUGGUUUGAAAACACUUUUUAUUUGCUGAAGCGAUUUCAUCAGAAUCUGUUCCAAUUCCAGCUACCACCACCGUGCAUUUCAUUUGGGCUAUUAAGACCAAUUUUCCCAUGGGGACCAAAUUUUACUACAUGCAUCCUUUUUUAUUUGUGCCAGUAAUUAUUGAUACACAUUGGGUAGUUCACAAAGUCGGGCUGUUUCUAUUUACUCCUUGGCUAAUCUGUGAGGAGGUUGGUGCCAUGGCCCCUGGAUACCGGGAUGGUUCUGUCUGUCCGUGACUGGGUCACUGCACACCUGGUUUGAGUCUUUCUGGUUUCUGAGUUUGCUGCCCAUAUGUGGUGGAAAAAGAGCAAAUCGUGAGGUCAGGAGUCUUGCUACGGCAACUUAGUGACCAGCCCUGGAGCUCCCCACGCCCACCUCAUGGGGCCGGUGAACCUUUUGGCUCAUUUUCCUAGGUUUCGUUUCCUCUUCCCUUCUUGCCCUGAGCUCUCCAGUUUUGCCCUUUUUGUCCUAGUGGCAGUCCUAUGGCAUUCUACAGAGACUGACACAGCACAGGUGUGAAGCCUGCCUCAUCCCUGGAUCUGCGUACUAGAUCCCUGGAUGGAUCAGGGGCCUGGGGAGAGGUACCCAGGGGAAAACUGCACAAGGCUUCUCACUCGCUCCCCUCUGGCUGCCCUGGGGAGGAUGGGGACUCCAGGCUCCCCCCAGGCCUGGGUGGCCCUGAGUCUGGGGACACUGCACACCUGCCCAUUUUUUUUUGUUGUUGGUGUUUGUUUGUUUUUUAAGACAGAGUCUCACUUUGUGGCCCUCAGUAGAGUGCCGUGGCCUCAUACCUCACAGCAACCUGAAACUCUUGGGCUCAAGCCAUCUUCUUGCCUCAGCUUCCCAAGUAGCUGGGACUUUAGGCGCCCACCAUCAAGCCUGGCUAGUUUUUAGAGACAGGGUCUUGCUCUUGCUCAGGCUAGUCUGUAACUCCUGAGCCCAAGCAAUCCAUCCACUUCAGCCUCUCAGUGUCCUAGGAUUUCAGGCCCACCGGGCUCUGCCAUCUGCCCCAAUCUUUCUUUUUUUAUUUGAGACAGAACCUCAAGCUGUCGCCCUGGGUAGAGUGCCAUGGCAUUACAGCUCAUAGCAACCUCCAACUCCUGGGCUCAAGUGAUUCUCUUGCCUCAGCCUCCCAAGUAGCUGGGAUUACA